AUGGAAACUAACAGAGCAACUGUAGAUCUGGAUCAAACAUUCAACAAUGAACAGAAUGAGAGUACAUCCACACCACUUCAUGUUGCAUCUGGACAAGGUAUUGAUUACAAUCAUCCUCUCUUCCUUAGUCCGACUGAUAUUAGUGGAGUUAGCAUUAUUUCCUUUCAAUUGAUUGGUGUUGAGAAUUAUACCUUAUGGAAUCGUUCCAUUACACUAGCACUACUAGGAAGGAACAAUGUAGGGCUAGUAGAUGGAUCCUGUAUGAAAGAGAUGUUUGGUGAAGAACUGUGGGGACAAUGGGAAAGGGUUAAUGCAAUUGUACUUUCGUGGUUAAUGAAUUUAGUGUCAAAAAGUCUGCUUAGUGGUAUUGCUUUUACAUCCAGUGCUUUUCAAGGUACUGAUUCUGUGUUUGUGUACUACACGAAACUCAAAACACUAUGGGAUGAGUUUGAAGAUUUGGUUCCUGCUCCUUGCUUGGGGGAUGAGUGCCAAAAGGCUGUGGUUUCAGUCACUAACAACAUGGGAUUAAACUCAGUUGGAGGAGACUCUGGUCACAACAAAGAAUUUUGUUAUAAGAUUGUUGGAUAUCUACCAGACUUCAAGUCUAAAAGGAAGGUACAGGGGACUUCCUCAGACUCACACCAUCAGUUAGCUCACUUCUCAUAUGGUAUGAAUACCAAUGUUCCUGUUCCAGGAUGGGGAAGGAAAUCUGAUACUACUCAGGUUACUGAUGAAGUGAUAGAAAAUUCCAAAGGGCACAAAGCAAUGAGUCAAGCUGAGAUGAAGGUCAAACAGCUUCUUCAGGGCUGCACUUUUACAAAGGAACAAUAUGAUCAUAUUCUCACAGGUAAAACUUUCUUUGUUUCUGAAAAUAGUAAAGUGUGGAUUGUAGAUACUAGUGCAACAAACCAUAUGGUGUCUCAGUUGGAUAUGUUUAUCAAAGGUGGAAAGGUGAAGGAGAUUGGUGAAGAAGAAGGAUGUUUGUAUACUCAAAAAAAUUUUGGUGAAAAGAAAGGAUGUUGGUUCACUGAUAAGAAAGAUUCUGCACUAUCAGUUGCUCAAACUGCCUCAGAGUUGGAGCUGUGGCAUCAAAGACUAGGACAUGUGUCCUCAGGAGUUCUUGCUAGGAUGUUUGAUAUGAAUAAUCAAAGUAUGAGUAGAGUGUCUAAGUGUCUAGUUUGUCCCUAUGCUAAACAGACAAGGCUUACUUUUCCUUCUAGUAGCAUUAAAAGUUCAAACAGUUUUGAUUUGAUUCAUGUUGACCUCUGGGGUCCUUAUAGCACACCUACUUUUGAUGGAAAUAAAUACUUUCUUACAAUAGUUGAUGACUUCUCACGGAUGUCCUGGAUUUUUCUAUUAAAGCAUAAAUAUGAUGUGAGCAUGUCUAUACAACUGUUUCUAAAGUUUGUUAAGAAUCAGUUUGCUAAAACCAUCAAAGUGAUACGGACUGAUAAUGGUACUGAUUUUGUGAAUUCUGUGUGUGAAACUAUGUUUAAGGAGAUGAGAGUUAUUCAUCAGAGAUCAUGUCCCUACACCCCUCAGCAGAAUGGAGUGGCUGAACGAAAGCACAGACAUCUACUUGAGGUUACAAGGGCCUUAAGGUUUCAGGCAAAAAUUCCCUUACAGUUCUGGGGACAUUGUGUGCUAGCUGCAUCACACAUUAUUAAUAGACCACCUAGUAGUGUGCUUAACUUUCAAACUCCCUAUGAGAAGCUAUAUGAUCGAAAACCAGAUUUAUCACACUUCAGAACUAUUGGUUGCUUAUGUUUUGCAAAGGUUCUUCCUGCACAUGAUAAGAUGAUGCCCAGAUCUAGAACUGCAGUUCAUAUGGGAUAUUCAAAAAUACAGAAGGGGUACAUUCUAUUUGACAUUGCUACUAGAUUAUUCUUUGUCAGUAGAGAUGUCAUAUUUAAGGAAGAUGUGUUCCCUUUUUCACAUACCGACAUCACUGAUAGCCAACCAGUCUUUGUAGACAAUUUGCAGGCUUUAGAUUUUCUCUUUCACGCCACUCCUCCUCAGGCUCCUGUUACACCUAAUUGUAAUGAAGAUACAGUUACAGCAGCUUCUCCUUAUUCAGAACCUGAGUUAGAGGUACCUGAUCCCUUGACCACUUCUCAGGCUACUGACAUCAUUGAGGAAACAGUCUAA